AUCGGCUCCGGCCCCCGGUGGCCCGUCAUGCCCGACGAAAAACACCACUACGACGCCUUUCAGGACCCUCCCAUCCCCACCUACGAAGAAGCCACAUCCUCCUCACACCCCCUCUCCUCCCGCCGCGGCCCCGAUGAGAUCAGCGACGACGCCGAACGGCAAACCCUCCUUGGUCACGAUCUCCCGGCGAGCUCGGGUUCGAGUUCCCGCCGCCGCAAUGGCUACUACCAGCCGCCAUCCGUGCAAUCCGCGCGGUCCAGUCUGGAUGAAGACGAAGAGAGCGGACUUGGGAGUCCGGUGGACGCGGAUGAAGAGGUAGCGCUGCGGCAAACCAUGGAAGAGAUGGAUAUCUUGGAUCCCGAAUCAGCCGAGGAUGGGCGAGGGAGGAGAAACCGUUCGAGAAACGGUUUCUCAAAACGCUUCUACAGCAUCACGACGUCACUGUCGAGUAUACACCUUCCGCGCAUACGGUGGCCUUCGUUCGGAUUAGAAUGGUUCAAACAGCGGUUGCCCACAAUACCAGAAGAAUACAGACCGGGGUGGGCGGUUUUGGCUCGGUUAUUUGGGCUUGUGCUUAUCAUCACGCUGGUGUAUUUGUUGGUGGUCAGUGAGAUUGUGCCCAUGGGCGCGGGCGGAUUCGGCACACCUUUCAACCCGGAGUGGGUGCGCCAGACGGCUUUGGGGAACAUAAACACGUUGCGCAUACAAGAGAACCUGCAAUAUGUGACGUCGUACGAUCAUCUUGCUGGAACUAAAGGCAGCUAUGUGCUGGGGCAGUGGAUCGAAAGCCAGUUCAAGGAGGCGCAUAUGGAUACUUAUACCCACGAUGAGUAUUUUGUCUAUAUGAACUACCCCAAAAAGGACGGGCGCCGCGUGGCAAUCGUGGAUCCCCCGGAGAAGGCGUGGCAGGCGAAUCUGGAGGAAGGCUCGCCUUACGAUCCCCCGAAACCGCAAACCGAGUCUUUUCAUGGAUUCUCCCGAUCUGGAAAUGUGACUGGUCCUCUCAUUUAUGUGAAUUAUGGUGACAAGAAGGACUUUAAAUCUCUUUGGGAUGGGCAAGUCGAUGUGCAAGGCUGCGUGGUGCUUAUGCGGUACUACGGAACCCCUUCGGAUCGCGCACUCAAGCUCAAGGCUGCACAGGAUGCAGGUGUUGCAGGUGUGCUCAUGUAUUCUGACCCCGCUGAUGACGGCUUUCUCAAGGGCGACGUCGCGCCGAAAGGCCGUUGGAGACCCAAGGACGGCGUCCAGCGAGGUUCGGUCGCCUUUUCCAAUAUGGUUCUCGGCGAUCCUCUCACCCCCGGCCGCCCGAGUACAAAAGAUCAAAUGCGCAUGUCCAAGGACAACAAUGUCGCACUGCCAAACAUUCCCAGCAUACCCAUAUCCUGGGAGAACGCGCAGCAUCUUUUGCAAUCCCUGGACGGGAUCGGCACAGAAUUGCCUGAAGAAUGGAUCGGUGGAGUGCCAGAUGUGAAGUGGUUCACUGGCCACCCGGACAAAUCGCCCAAGGUAUACUUGCAAAACUUCCAAGACGAAGAGGAACAGCAGCGCAUAACCAAUGUCUUCGGCUCCCUGCGCGGAGUGGAAGAUUCACCGAAGAAAAUCAUCGUCGGUAGUCAUCGCGAUUCCUGGUGCUUUGGAGCCGCUGAUCCUGGCUCUGGAACUGCUGUUAUGCUCGAGGUUGCGCGGGUUCUUGGUGAGCUCCGCCUGCAGGGUUGGCAUCCGCUUCGCACCAUUGAAUUCGCAUCGUGGGAUGCCGAAGAGUAUAACAUGAUCGGAUCCACGGAGCACGUCGAACAGAAUAUCGAAGAACUCCGCGCCAACGCCAUCGCCUACAUCAACGUAGACGUCGGCGUAACAGGCGACAAACUCUGGGCCAGCGGAUCCCCCGUCUUCAAGCACACAUGGGGCCGCAUCCUCGGCCGCCUCGUCGAUCCUCAACAGAACAAGACCCUUCUUGACCUAUGGGAGCGCGAGACGCAUGAACUAGGCACUCUCACGGCACCCGGCGACCAUAUUGCCUUCCAGGACCUCGCCGGCACCUCGUCGAUUGAAUUCGGUUUCAAGGGCCCCGAGCACGGCGACCUCGCCCACAGCUGCUACGAAACCUAUGAAUGGAUGACCGAGCACAUCGACCCGGAACUCGUAUACCACACCCUGCUCGCGCAAGUCUGGGUCCUCUUCAUCCUCGAGCUCGCCCAAGAACCCAUCAUGCCGCUCAAAGUCGAAGACUACGCGUCCUUCCUCGCCGAAGAAUCCCAAAAACUCCUCGACUCGACCGACAAGAUUGGGCAUAAUUUCGAUGUCGCCAUCUUCCAGCCCCUCUUCGAUGCCGUUGCGACACUGACGACGCGUGCUAAGGAAUUCGGCGAGUGGGAAACCUUCUGGUACAACAACGUCUACGGCACAGGCGGCUUCGAAACUCAAGGUCUCACCGUCCAGCGCGUGCACCAUAAUUCGCAAAUGGGCCUUUUUGAAUCCCGCCUUCUGGAUCUGCCAAAGGAUGGCAGCAGUGCCAAGGACGAUAAAAUGUCGGAUCACGGACUCCCCGGCCGCGACCAGUUCAAACACGUCAUCUUCGGCCCCGGCGACGACGCGCACGACGGCGGCUACAUCUUCCCCUUCAUCCGCGAUGCGCUCGCCAAGCAGGACUGGGACCUCGCAGAGCGCCAGAUCAAGAGGACGGCUGAGGUGCUUGGCCACGCUGCUGAAGGCUUGAAGCGGCAUCAUCAUUAAACUCUACCCCCUCCCUCAUCUAUCUACCUACCCCCAUGUAUCUAAUCUACUAUGCUUAGGGCUAUCAAAAGACUAUAUAUGUAUACCUAUGUGUGAUGAAUAUGUAUAUGUAUGUAUGUAUGUAUGUAUGUAUACCUAACCUCCCAUCUCUUACAGGGUUCCCGCUAUUUCGCUUGUCUGCUUGCUUGCUCGCUUUCUAAAAAAUAUAUAUUAAUAUUACUUUUGUUUUUCUCCUCUCUUCUCUUGUGUAACUUAAAAAACAAACAUCUU